UUAGCAGGUCAGUGUGCAGACUGACGGAGAACGGAGGACACGCAGCAGCAGCUCUCCUCCUGCUCUGUUUGUGAUCUUUCUGUUUUUUGGGGGAAAAUAAGGAAGAAGACGGCAGCGAUGUACCGGUCACCUGCUUUGGAGAGCAAGGAGUUAGUGGCUCUGUACGGAAGAGAAAGAGACCAUUACUAUGACAGAGAUGAGGAUUGUGUCAGUGAGGAGUAUGACCUGGAUUCAGAGAGCAGCGAAGACGAAAAGGGUGGAAAAGGCAUUCGCAGCUCUGUGUCCCUGGAGAUCUACGGCCUGCAGAGGGAGGAGCAUGUUUACUUCUCAAACCAAGAGUAUUACAGGAGGCUGGAGGAGCUGAAGAGCACUCACCUGAGAAACAUGGCUGACCUCGAACGAAUGUACAUCGGGCAGGAGUACGGAGUAGAUAAUGAUGGAGGUGUGAAAAGAGGGAGAAACAAAGAGGCCAGGCAGUCACUCAGUGGCCCUGGGAGGAAACUUGAGAGAAUCAAUUCCCAGGAGGAGCUUGACUUCCAUGAAACCUCGAGUGGUUCUGACCAGUCAGAGCUGUGUGGAGAGGACAGCAUGGAGGACCUGAGAUGGGUGCCUAGCCAGGAUCAAACCAUUGAGAGAGACAUCCUGUUGAGUCCAGAACAGAUGAUGGGACAGAAGCAUUUUAGAUUCCAGACCAAGGCCUCCAGUCUGACACCCCAGGGAAGACUGUCCAGUCAAACUGGGGUCAGGAUUCGUCCCAACUCCAAGGUCACUGUUCCCAAACCCUUCCAGAUGAUGCUGAGAGAGGAGGAGAGGAAGAGGCACAGGGUGCGGACACGUUCGGAGAUCGAGCUGGAGAACACACUGCUGAAGCAGGAGCUGGAGGAGCUCCGGGAAUGUCAGAAAAAGUUCCGGGCAUCACCUGCCCCGGCCCACAUACACCUUCCCCUCUAUGAAAUCAUCAACCGCCAGUCCAAUCAACGAUCCAACCGAGGCAGAAGUAACAGCAACGCUGUUACUCAAAGGAACCAGGCGGCAGUCUCGCUGCAGCCUUUCCACUUCUUGGAACGAGAGCGACGGAAGAAGGAGGCAAAGAUUGUGGCAGAGCUAGGGAACAUUGGACAGAAAGGGGACCGGCGGGCCUUCAAGGCAAGACCCAUGCCCAGCUCGGUGUACAGAACCAGACACAGAGAGGACAGUGAAGAGGGAGGCCACACAGGACCAAAGUGACCCGAGCUCUGACUAGAGCAGUGAUAUCCUUUUCCAUGCCAGUUGUGAAGGACAGGGAGUGAUCCUACAUCAAUCCACCCAAAGCCUACAACAUCUGCUCACCCGCGAAGAGCCUCUCCUUAGUAACAAAAGUGACUACAUUAAUGUGUGACGGUCAGUGUUCAGAACUAAACGAAGGUAUAAUAGCAGAAAUAUCGUCUUCCGUGGUAUAUAUAUAUAUUACACUUAAAGUCAGUCAUUGUGGUUUAUAAUAUAGUGUCUUUUUUAUCAGAUGACAAAAUCAACAAAGGGCUGAGUUCAUUAUGCUUUGUAGCAAUGUCGUUUUCCUAAUAAACUUGUUGUACUCUUGUGAAAACUAAAGCAGUGGAGUUUCAUGUAUGUCAU